AUGGAGGUAGAAGAGCGCCACGAGCGUGCUGCUGAGGCAGUUCAGGCUGAGGUUGCUGUACCAGAAGCAAUAGAGGCACUCCAGCCACCACCCCCACCCCCACCAGUUCAAUUUCGUGUCUCGGACGGUCGUCCUGAGCGCACAAACCGCCGCCUUCCCAAACGCUACAUUCACCCACUUCCUGAGCUUCCGCCUGCGGCACUGCUCCCCCAGCCACUUCCUGAGCCACUGCCUAUCCUUGAUCCACCACAAAUCAACACUCCAACCGCUCCGCGCUGGGUGGCUACUAAGCCAAACUGCUUUGGGGUGUACAAAGCAGACAUUGGGGACUUCAGUGUUGCCAAGGGACAUGCUGUCCUCGAUAAAAUUGCCUCAACACCUCCUGGCGAGCCUCCAAACGGCUGGAAAACUGGGUCUGUCACUCUCUCUAUACCUCCUGGACGCAAAUCCACCAAAGCCAUGCUCGUAAUAACCAUCAAUGACAUCCUCUAUCGACCGCUACUUGAAAUCAUCAUGGAGGUCUUUUCUACAUCCACUUUCUCUCGCCUCCAUACCACCCCAUUCUCUCUCCGCGUUGACCGAAAUCACAACAAGGGCGACCCCGACCCAUAUUCUGCUGAAUGUGAACUCAACAACUGCGGUCUUCCGCUCCUCCCCCCCAGUCACGACGAGCUGACAUCCUUCUCAAACUUCGUUCUGCUGCCCGCCCGCCGGCUCGAGCCUGACCAUCCUGCUGAUCAAACCUACCAGCCCCACGAGCUGCUCGAAGUCCACUUCAAGGACAGCCGGAUCUAUACACAUGCAACGAUGAGACUGAAUUACACAACAUACGACUUACAGCGUGACCAGGACAUGAUAAGCCCCCGGACCCAUCCUGACCUAAUGCUUCUUUCAACCGAUCCGAGCGACACCCAUCCAUAUGAAUAUGCCCGGGUUGUCGCCAUAUGCCACGCAAAUGUCAAGCUGCCAGCGACGACCGGUUACAAAUCCCUCGAGUUCUUAUUCAUUCGCCGUUUUGAGCGCGACACGUGUGUUUGCUGCAUCCCCCACAGGCCACGAAACCCUCGUCUCCACUUCGUCGACUACCGCAACCCAGACGCAUUUGGGUUUAUCGACCCAGCUGUUGUCGUUCGGGCCUCUUAUGUCAUCCCCGCAUUUGCUUCAGGAACGACGACCAAAUUCCUCCCGCCCUCGAUUAUCCGUCCCGAUUCGGACAACGAUGAAGACUAUCACGCCUACUAUGUGAACGGGCGUGGUCGAUCGCGACAUGUUCAUGCAUUUCCAGUGGGAAGCGAUUGGACAUCGGCAUGUGUGGGAGGGUACAGUGGCGGGUGA